AUGUCACUCAAGCCUUGGUGGGAUUACCCAGGGCAGGAAGACCCGAAAUACGCCAAUGUGCCCCCACCAGAGAAAUUAGAGAUGAGUAGAGCAGAGCAGGCUCUGGACGAGGUCCAUCUAGUGGCAUUUGCACGCGCAGUAGCAAACGUCCUCUCAACGGAGCUCGCCGAGUCAACAUUUGCGCAGCUUGUUGACGGCUUACCACUGUGGGAUGUUGUUUCCGGCCUUGGCCAUUACGGCCUUGACAGGGAGGAGCCCGUCUUUAAACACCGCGAGUUGUGUCCCGGUGUAUUAGAAAAGACGAGAGCUUUUCGCACGGCCUUUGACUCUGGAGCACUCGACAUCCGGACUGAUGUUUUGCAUCGAUACCAAUCCGUUCCGGUCGGCUCUCGGGCGUCAAAAUUGCCUCUGAUCGAGCUCAUCGCCGUCGCAGUGCAUGCCAUCGCAGUCCAACUCGUCAAGCAGUUGGCGCCGAAAAAAUCAACUCCGUUCUCGCUCUGGCGUUACGAUGACCCCGAACAAUAUCCUGACGGAAAUGCCGACAUCGCGGCCUAUUGGGCGGAGGACCAGAUCUUUGGGGGAAUUGUCCUAUUUGAUCGAGGAGAGAGCGGCUCUGAGCAAAACAGCGUCUGGUUCCAUUCUUCGCGCCGUGGGAUUACGGACCAUGUAUACGCUUUGAAAGACGAGCAGACUGCAUCUCUACUCCUUUUUCUUGAGUCAGAACCUGGCAAGGCACCAUGUCCUUUGCCGAUACUAGGGGAUAAGGAAAGCAUACGGAGAGAUUGGCAGAUCUCCAUCCCGAAGUACAAUAUCUACAGGGAUCGUUGGGAGCGCAAGAUUCGGUUCAGAAGCUACUAUUGGUAUAACCACUUUCAGAGCAGGUGCAGAGCAUGCGACGAGGAUCCAGUGGAAAAUCCAGAGUGGGGCCACGACCAGCUCAGCGAUUGCGUAAUGAUCCCCAAAGGCGACCCCAGGUUCAAACUCCUUGCACAUUGUAUCCACCUUGGCUUGAGAUUUCUCGAGCACGAAGUCGGAAAUGCAGCGUUGGUGGCAACAGCCUCUAAGAUAAUACUGGAACGACGCAACUUCAGAAAGGCUGACGAUCAAGACACCCGAGAAGCGGGCGCGAACGUAUAUGAUACAGGAGACAAGGAGAGGCCUCUAAGUGAGAUGAAGCACUGGGUUAACGAUUUCCUGAAAAAGGUGCGCGCAGACUUUCCCACUACCUAUGCCACGAGGACUCUUCCGCCUUCUGCCGACGGAAUGACGCAUAAUUCAGCAUGGGGCACCGACAUCGCGGAAAUGAGCAAAAGCUUGGCGGGCGCCUAUAUAUCCACCAAUGCCAUAGCAAAUGCCAUUCACAAACUGGAAGAGAAGCUACAAGCAAGCAAGAAGAAAGUGAACAACGAGAAAGACGGGAAAGAGAAAGAACGGCUAAAGGAAGCGCAAAGCUCGGUGGCGAGAGACCUUGCAGCAAUGAAGACCAGCUACGACACCGCUAUCUACCACCUGUCUAUCACUUUCUCCCAUGAACUCUGCCAUUUGUUCACUGGCUUUUUGACUGGGGCGAACCGACCUCGUACGCCUGAACAAGUCACAGCGGCCGACUAUGCCACCCCAGGAUAUUGUAGUGAGCAUGGAUGGGCCUGGGAGUACAAGGUGUUAAACGGCUGCACGUUCUUCUUCAUCGAUUCCAAAAUGGAGAAAUUUCCACUUGAGCAACGAGCAGGGACGCCUUACGCCCAUGAUGACGAUGCUACAAUGCAAUCUUGGUACAAAUACAAGCCAGAUUUUAUGUCGAAGAUGGUCAAUCUUGAUUUUUCAUCCUUCCUGGCAACCUCGAAGAAGCGGUUUCAAGCGUUCGACCCACAAGACCCACUGCAGCGAUCAGGCGUCCCCGGAACGGAAUUGAGCUUUGUCAGAAGGAAGAUCAUGGAGGCCGGUUUCAUCAAAAUCGGGAAGUUGCUGAUAUCCAUCUUCCCCUCCGACCUUCGGCUUUGCGGGUUGCCUAGUUAG